AUGACAGAAAGACUGCCUCUGAAUCCAAUUCCGAAAACAAACACACGCCGUAAGACACGAGUUUGUACGCGUGAGGCUUGCGAAACUUGCCGGGAGAAGAAGGCAAAGUGCGAUGGAGAUAAUCCAUGCUCGAGAUGCAGCUCUCGGGGAUUGAAGUGCAAAUAUGAGACCAGGUCGUAUCAGACAAAGCGAAGCCUUCAAGUUGAGCUUGAAGAGCUCAAAGAUGCUCAACGUCAACGCGACGCAGUGCUCCAGGCUCUAGCAGCCCCAGGCCAAACUCAUGAUGUCCUCCUCCGACUUUGGAGUGGUGAGCCACUUGAGAGAAUCUAUGAGACUAUUUCAGUUACAGGAUUUACCUCGUCCCCGGAGAAGGAGAACCACGACGAAACGCCGGAUUACUCGGACCAAAACUACCGCGAACUUUCAAGCUUGUCUUCGCGAAACUCUUUGACUUCUCCCCCGAUUUUGAAUUAUUCCGUUUCUGGACGACUUAGCCACCCAGAGGCCGGGCAUAUUCAAGGGGUUCUUGAAGAGGAGAGGUUUCAGCCAAACCUAUCUGCACAGCAGCCCGAAUCAAUGAUACCAGUCUUCAGUACGCCCAACUACGGCGGCAUGGCACCGACAGCUCAUUCUGACAUCGUUUCCCCCAUGGAGUAUAGUCCCCCAGCAACAUUUGGCAUGUUCUUGGAUAGCCAGAAUCCGCCAAUGGGCCCCUCUAGACAACCAGCUGGCAACCCUGUUCCUACCGAUGAUUUUGGGGCAGCCAGUUGGUGGGCACAGAGUGACCAAAAUCCUGCAUUUUCGAGUUUCUCCAGUUAUUCAACUUCGGAUUCUUUGCCGUGGCUGAACACGCAAAAUACUGUUACACCUCCGAGUCAGGCUUCAAGCACCUACACUAUCCCACCGGCCACCCCAUCUCCCACGACGAUCAGUUCAUCCCUGUCAUCCAGCUACUCGUUCCCCGAGAUGACGCCGGCCAAUGUCGCCUCUAGCGCAACUGAGAAUGAAUUCACCAUGGGAACACCACCGAAGAAGCGGAAAUCUACCGCCGGAACCUCUGCUUCCACUCCCAUCGACAUCGACGCUGAAGAAAACGACGCCAACGUAUUGCCGAGACAAAGCAAAUCCCCAUCUCAACAGCCCCCGCAAAACCGAGAGCGCCAUCGCCAGGCCUCGGCCCGCAACUGGCAGAAGCAGAAGCAGCAGACGGCAGACUUGCAAGCCGCUAAGAACGAGGCCGAAGCCCGCAACAAGGAGCUUCAACGCCAGUAUUCAGAGGUCCUAAACGAAGUAAUGACUGUGAAGAACGCGCUCAUGGAACAUGCCCGGUGUAACCACCCAGCGAUAAGCAGCUGGUUACGCUCACAGGCUACAAACUACGUUCUGGACGGAGUAAACCCUGACGACAAGAAGAGUAAAACCGGUAUGGCAGGGGCGACAAGGAUGGUGAGAUCGGGAGAUCCAGUGGGGUGCACUGGGCCGGCCUGCAGGUGA